CCAGGUACAGUUGUGCAGCUCCAAGCUCCGCCGAUUACCAUACCCUCGGCAGGCACUCAGUUAGCUUGUAAGAGUCGAACCGGGCGGAGGGCAACGGUUUUUUUGGCCACCUAAGCCAAAAAUCAACGCGCUUGCUCCGUGUCCAACGAACGAACAGGGGUCCGAGGAAGUCGGAGCCGCGCCAAGCCAUGCCCAUCCACUGGGACUGGGACUGGGAGCACGACCACGAGCAUGGCGGGGGGCACCACCACUGGCCACCGCCGCGGCGCCACUGGUCCACCGGGGAGUCGAAGUGCCGGCAGCGGCACUACUACCUGUCCCACGAUCUGGACGUCUGCGCCCGGGACUUCCACCUGCGGAUGGACGACAGUGCCUGGUGCCACGGCUCCUGUCUGGUGGGACGCGUGGUGAUCGAGACGGGCACGGAGCCGGACUCCCUGGGCCGGGGCACCUUCAAGGUGGUGCUGGACGUGCACCACUUCCAGAUCGCCGAGCUGACGGUGAAGGCCCGCAACAGCGACACUGUGUGCGUGGAGGGCAAGCAGUCGGAUGACCGUGCGGACAAGGGUCAGUUGUGCAUAACGCGCGAGUUCACGCGAUCCUAUAAGCUGCCCCGCCACUACGAUGCCACCCAGGCUCGGGCCACCUUCUCGGCGGACGGGAUCCUCAUGAUCACCGUGCCGGCUCCGCCCAAGCUGGACGACGUGGAGCGGCUGGUCGAGAUCGAGCCCACGGGCAACUACUUUGGCAGCGUGUCGGAUCCCACGGCUUCCAAGGCCAUCGAGCAGGCGGAGGCGGGUGGCGAUCCCACUCCCGAUGACACGGCCAUGGACAAAUGAAGUCGGCGACGUCUGGCGGUUGCGCGGAGGCUGCGCCUCCUCAUCCCGAAGUGGAGGCGGAAGCCCAAGUGCGUUUAGGCCGCCAGAGGCAGUCGACCAAGUUUCGAAGGCGCAGAGAUAGGCACAUGCACGUUGGAGUACUUGUACUUUGCAGAAAGUAGUUACUUGGAUUGUCAUUAGGUUCCAGCAUAGCUAGCACGUAGCCCCUCGUUCGAAACGUGAGCAAAUAUGGCGCGGUUCUAGUUUUAUUUCUUAAGAUAGCUUCAAUAUAACGUUAAACAGUUGACAAACGCUUCAGAUUUUGUUUUAUGCCAAUAAAGGACUUUAUCAGAAAACCAAA